AUGGCGAAGGGAAAGUGGAUCGACAAGAAGAGUGCGCAGCAUUUCACCCUCGUCCACCGUCCCCAAAAUGACCCGCUCAUCCACGACGAAAAUGCGCCGUCCAUGGUUCUCAACCCUGUCGCCCAGCGCGGUGGUGACAAGGGCAAACACCUGAGCGAUCUUGCAUCCGACCUUGGGUCUGAUGCCGCUAGCAUUCGAGACAAUGAGGGCGAGGCCGCAGAGUAUGGAAUCUACUACGACGACACCGAGUAUGACUACAUGCAGCAUAUGCGCGACCUCAACCAGGGUGGUGGCGAGGCCGUCUGGGUUGAGGGCUCAGCCACAGCGAACAAGGGCAAGGGAAAGCAACCGCAAUCUCUCGAGGACGCUUUGCGCCAGAUGGAUCUCGAGCAUAGGAGCGAGGCCAUCCUCGACGAGUCCGUCCUUCCGUCAAAGAACCUCUCGCGCAUGAACUACCAAUCUCAGCAAAACAUACCCGAUGCGAUUGCCGGAUUCCAACCUGACAUGGAUCCUCGGUUGCGUGAAGUUCUGGAGGCACUGGAGGACGAGGCGUUCGUGGAUGAUGAGGAUGAUGACAUUUUCCAGCAACUGGCCAAGGACAAUGAGGAGAUCGACGAAUAUGAGUUCGAGGAGCAAUACGACUAUGACGAAGAUGACGGCUGGGAAUCAGAUGCAACGGCGAAGCCAAACAAGGAGUAUAAGGAGGACGGCGUGCCUGAGCUGGUUCCUGUUGCUGCAGUCGAGGGAGAGGCACUGCCAGAGCAUCAGAACGAAGACUGGCUCGAAGACUUCAAGAAGUUCAAGAAGGAUCAAAAGGAGGGCAAGCCCCAAGCCAAGGCUGCUCCAUCUGAGUUACAGUCCUCCAUCUGGACAACGACAACGAUGGGCGGCCGUAAGAAGAAGAGAAAGGGUGCCCUCACGAACCCUUCCACCUACUCCAUGACCUCAUCAUCGAUGGUCAGGACAGAACAGCUCACACUUCUGGAUGCUAGGUUCGACAGGAUCGAGGAGGAGUACACAAGUGAGAUGGGCGGCGACGACAUGGCUUCAGUCUCGGAAAUGUCAACGGUGUCCAGUGUCACGGGUCCCACCAGAGGUGACUUUGAUAGCAUCAUGGAUGAUUUCCUUGGCAGCUACACCAAGCCUGGAAAGAGGACAAACAAGAAGAACAAGGCACAGAGUGGACUCGAGCAGCUGGACGAGAUUAGAAGGGGCCUUGGCCCAGCUCGCCUGCGUGGAAAGGCACACGUUAGCGGACGGGGUUGA